UGAUAAACUUAUUAAAUAGAGUGAAAUGAACGAGGAAGAUGUGCAUGAUCUUGGUGAUGAUUCACAUUUGACUCCCGGAGUUGUGUAUCUGAGCUCAAUUCCUAUAUAUUAUCGCUUGAAUAAAAUCCGAGAGUCGUUCGGACAGUUCGGAAAACUGGGAAGACUCUAUUUGUCUCCCGGACCUUCUAUCGACGGGAAAAGGUGCAAAAUUUUCACAGAAGGCUGGGUUGAGUUUCGCGAUAAGAAGAACGCUAAAAGAGCGGCCUUGGUUCUUGACAACACGCCAGUAGGAGGGAAGAAACGAUCUCAGUCCAGUGGACAAUUAUGGAAUCUCAAAUAUCUAAGCAAAUUUACGUGGGAUCAAUUGAACGAAUCUGUAGUGCCACCUCAUAGACAAAUGCGUGAAGAGAUUUUAAAAGCACGACGAGAAGUCAACGUGUACAAAGAUAUUUCACGACAGAGUGCGGCUAUGAAGCGAGAUCACGAACAAAGGGCAGAGAAGCGAACGCUGAAAUGGGGAGACAAAGUGCAUCAUAAUAAACGGAAGUUUGCUGAGUUGGGAAAGGACUCGGGAGGUUAUUCAGGAUCAAAUGGAGUGACGAAGAAAAAGGGUUCAAGGCCAGCGGGUCAAGGUUCUUCGGUAUCAAAAAAUUUCAGUAGUGAUAUCCUGUCCAAAAUAUUCACCAGCUGAAAUAUCUAUGGGUUUUGAAUUGAAGCAAUUUUUGGUGUUAAAGAGCCAAGUUGAUCAGAAAUGAUGAAAGCGAUUGCUGAUGAUAAGCGAUAAGAAGUUCAAGAAACGCCGAAGAACUCUUCGAACAAGUUAAACAGUCUUUGCGAAUGCAAUAAAUUUUCUAGUUGCAAUUA